GCUGCGCUUCUAGGUUUUCUUAACCAACAACUUAUGAUCAAGGCUUCUCCUCUCAAAUGGUAAGUUGGACCGAGCAAGGCCGAUAGCAAGAGGACGGAAAAUGGAGGAAACCUUCGAAGUUCGUGUCAAGCGUUUGUUCGGAUCCCAGCUCUUCGAAUCGGUUCCCCUGAGCUCUUUUCCGGAGUCUUCGUGGUCCGUGGCCGACGGCGAGGUUGAGCGGAAGGAAUGGAACCGGGACCCCGGCGCUGGUCCCGACAGAUCGGAUUAUCCGUGUUCCUCCGCGUUCGCUGAAGGAGGAUGCUAUGCGAAGAAGCGUAGCACUCGGAGGGCUUCAAAGCAGGAGUUCGAAUCGGAUAUGGAUGAGUUCGAUGAUGACGCUGACACGGAGAGCCGAAAGGCGGUGGAAGAGGAGGAGGAGGAGGAGGAAGAGAAGGAUGAAGGGGACGAUCGGAAUGCAGAGGAGUCGGAGAUCAGAUCUUUCGUAGGGCUCGAUCCAACCCUCGACAAUGAGGAUGAAGAGGAUGAAUUUGAUAGAGCUGCUUUGGGCAAAGAUGAUGAUGCUGGUGAACGAUUAUACAUGAGGGAUGUAAAAAAUCGUGGACCUCACUUAAAUUAUCACUGUAUAUUUGCAGAUGUGGUCGAAGCGCCAUAUGCUGGGUCUUACCAUUUCUACAAGGAUCCCCGUGCUGAUCACUUCGCUGCAGGCGUGCGGCUUGAGGAAGAAAAGAAAGCAGCUGAAAAUUAUUCUGUUCCAAAUUAUAGUAAAGAUGAACACCCUUCUUCUACCACUGGUUUGCUAGAGGACAUAAAGUUGAAGCCUAUUCUAAAGAGAAAAGAGGCACAUGAUGAUUCAAAGCCAAAGAAACGAGUUAGAUUUGACCCUGGCUGCAAAGCUGAUAAUGAUGAGGUACCCACUCAGGAUUCUGCCAUGUUCUCGCUUUCCAUGGAGGUCCCUGCUGCUGCUGCUGCUGAUCCGAACCCUGUAAUGUUAGAAGAAUCCCCAGGGCUUCCUGAUUAUGUGAGGAAUCCUUCUAAGUAUACCCAUUACACCUUUGACUCUUAUGAAGAUGACGAUUUGGCAAAUAUUAGUGCAUUUGAAGACCUGCAAAAUGUCUACAAGAAAUUGAAUCCCGAGCAGCUGCACCAGCAGUUCACCACCGUGGAGCCUCCAAAGUCCAUUACAUUCAGCCCUCGCAGGAAAUCAAUUGAUGCUAUGCCAGUUGAUAAUGAAUCGGGAGAUAUUCAAGAAAACCGCAUCAGAAAAGAAUUCCUUCAAAGUGAUUUAUGGGUGUGUCCAUCUGUUGGAAUAGCAGCUGCUGAAUCUUAUGAAGGUGGGGUUUGUAAGAUGGAUGAAGAUGAUGAUGAUGUAGAGGCACCCAUUUCGGACGAAAGGGUAGAUCCUUCAAGAAGAGGGCGGAAGUAUCGUUCUAGAGCUAACUCUGAUGAUUAGAACUUCAUGCUUUGUAUGUCACUCUUAGCUUCUUUUAAGCAUUUAAGAGUUGGAACUCUUUAUCAAUUAAGAUGAUGUGAAGUAAUGCAGCAAGUCCUUAAAUACUCUAUAGCUGUAUCAUAUGAAAAAUCAUUUCUAUAUAUAUAUUUUUCCAUUAUAGCUUUA